UGGAACUCAUGAAGGUCCUCCGGCCUCACUCUCCCCAGUGCCAGGAUUACAGGUGAGGAACAGGACACCUUAGUUUUUUGAGGAAGAGAGAGGUGGGGUUCUAGAAGGUCUAUAGUCAUCAUUUUCAUAUCUGUCCAAGGUUGCUAGGUGUGAACGGCUCCUUCUCCUCUGCAGACGCUGUGGGGUCACACUUCCCCUCCAACCAUGGCAACCUCCAAGUUGCCAGCAGUGCCUGAGGAGGAGACCACCAUCCUCAUGGCCAAGGAAGAGCUGGAGGCCUUGUGCUCGGCCUUUGAGUCAGGGGACAUCCCUCAGGCUGCCUCCCGCCUCUGGGAGCUUCUGGCCAACUCUGAAAGCACCCGGCUGGAGGUGGGCAUCACUGGCGAGUCUGGGGCUGGCAAGUCGUCCCAUAACACUUUGCGUGGCGUGGGGGCCGAGGAUCCUGGUGCAGCGCUCACAGGUGUGGUGGAGACCACCAUGCAACCCUCGCCCUACCCACACCCACGGUUUCCUGAUGUGACCCUGUGGGACCUGCCAGGGGCCGGUUCUCCAGGUUGCUCAGCAGACAAAUACCUGAAGCUGGUGGAUUUUGGCCGCUAUGACUUCUUUCUGCUGGUCUCUCCCCACCGCUGUGGGGCUGUGGAGACCCGCCUGGCCGCCGAGAUCCUGCGCCAGGGCAAGAAGUUCUACUUUGUGCGAACCAAGGUGGACCAGGAUCUGGCUGCCACCCGCAGCCAGCAACCCUCGGGCUUUAGCGAGGCCAUCGUCCUGCAGGAGAUUCGAGACCACUGCGUGGAGAGGCUGCGGGCGGCUGGCCUGAGUGAUCCCCGCAUCUUCCUCGUGUCCAACCUGUUCCCGACAGGCUAUGACUUCCCAAUGCUCAUGUCCACCUGGGAGCAUGACCUGCCUGCCCACCGUCGCCAUGCCGUCCUGCUGUCCCUGCCCGACAUCUCGCUGGAGGCUCUGCAGAAGAAAAAGGACAUGUUACAAGAACAAGUGCUGAAGACAGCCCUGGUGUCCGGCGUCAUCCAGGCCCUGCCCGUCCCAGGGCUGGCAGCUGCCUACGAUGAUGCCCUCCUUAUCCGCUCUCUGCGUGGGUACCACCGCAGCUUCGGCCUGGAUGAUGACUUGUUGGCCAAGCUGGCAGAACAGGUGGGCAAGCAGGCAGGUGACCUACGCUCUGUCAUCUGCUCGCCGCUGGCCAACGAGGUCUCCCCAGAGAGGGUCCUGCGUCUCUAUUCCCAGUCCUCGGAUGGUGCCAUGAGGGUGGCCCGUGCCUUUGAGCGAGGCAUCCCUGUGUUCGGUACCCUGGUGGCUGGGGGCAUCAGCUUUGGCACCGUCUACACCAUGCUCCAGGGCUGUCUCAAUGAGAUGGCUGAGGAUGCCCAGCGUGCCCGUAUCAAGGCCCUGGAGGAAAAUGAACCCCAGGUAGAGGUGAGCUUGGAGGCAGCUCGUGACAAUGGUGUGGAGAAGCCAGGAUCCGGGGAGGGAGGUGGCGAGGAAGCCCCCCUCUCCACCCGCAGGAAGAUCGGCCUCCUCCUCAAGUAUAUUCUUGACAUCUGGAAGAGGCAAGACUUGUCAGAAGAGAAAUAA